AUGACCGUGACAAGUGGAGUAAUAGAAGAAGGUAAGAUAGAGAGCGUGUCCCUGCAUCCACUUGGAGGAAUAGGAGCAGGAAUGGCCACCACUCAGGAGCAGGAGCUGCUAUGCAUCUUUGGGACAGGAGAUUUGGGACGUUCCCUGGGCCUGCGCCUGCUGCAGAGCGGCUACAAGGUUGCAUAUGGCAGCCGAAGACCUCACAGCUGUGGCCCUUUGCCUGAAGGAUCCCGGGUGAUGAGCCAUGAGGCGGCAGCCAAGGCAGCUCGACUCAUCUUCAUUUGUGUUCACAGAGAACAUUACACAUUCAUGGAGACACUGGCACCGUAUCUGGAAGGAAAGGUGUUGGUGGAUCUCAGUAAUAACCUAAAGAAAGGCAUGUACCCUGAACCCAAUGCUGCCUAUUUGCAGAGACUGGUCCCUGGAGCAACUGUGGUGAAAGGCCUUAACACGCUGUCUGCCUGGGCUCUGCAGAAUGGUCUUCUGACAGGAAAACAGGUCUUCCUGUGUGGCAAUAGUACAGAGGCAAAGCAGGCAGUAGCAGAGGUGGCCACCAAGAUGGGCGUCACAGUUUUGGACAGGGGAUCUCUAUCUGCAGCCCAAGAGUUGGAAGACUUCCCCCUGCAGCUGUUCCCCGAGUGGAGGCUACCUCUCCGCAUUGCUGUCGGCCUAACCGCCUUCUUCUUCUUCUACCUCCUCAUCCGAGACGUCAUCUAUGCUUAUGUAGAGCAGGGGAAAGACAUCUCCUAUAGGAUUAUGGUGUCCUUGGCCAACAAGGUGUUUCCCAUUGUGUCGCUUGUCAUGCUAUCACUGUGUUACCUGCCUGGUGUGAUAGCCGCCUUCUUUCAGCUCUACAGAGGAACCAAGUACAAGCGCUUCCCUAACUGGCUGGACCGCUGGAUGCUUUGUAGGAAGCAAAUGGGCUUGGUUGCUUUGGGCUUUGCUUUUCUCCAUGCCAUCUAUACAUUCAUUAUUCCUAUUCGCUACUCGGUCAGACAUAAACUCAUCUCCCGGGUGGUGAACGAGAUGAAGAACAACAAAACCACCCCCUUUGACUUUAAUUAUACAGAAGCAUGGGGAACAGACUCCUUCUACGUCCUGGGCAUUCUGGGCUUCUUCCUUUAUGUUCUACUCGGCCUGACAUCACUGCCCUCUGUGGGAGGCUCGCUCAGCUGGAGGGAGUUCAGCUUCAUUCAGUCUAAACUGGGCCACCUGACCUUGUUCAUAUGUACAGCGCAUGGCUACAUUUACGGCUGGAAUAAAUUCCUGCGCCCAUCUACAUACAAGUGGUACACGCCUCCGGGCUACAUGCUUUGUCUGGUGGUGCCCUCCGUUGUGCUUGUGCUCAAAAUGCUAAUCUUGUUGCCGUGCGUGGAUCGAACUCUAACCCGCAUCCGUCAAGGCUGGGAGAGGACUCCGAGUGAGGAGACUGGCAAGGCCACGGCCACAAACCUGUAA